AUGGGUUUCGCUCAUUACCAAUCCCCUAAAUUGCUGGGCUCCAGUCCCCCUAUCAAAAAUAAACAUGGCGUCUCUCGAAAACACGGAAAUGGUGCUCUUCCCUAUACGGAAGUUGAAAGACUGCGAUUUGGAAUCGCCGGCUUGCAAGGUAUCUCAAUGUCACGACUAAUCGUUCAGCUGGUGAUAUCGGAUCUCGACUUCUACAUGCUUCCUUUUGAAUGUAAGGAGCAAAUCUUCAAAGCAUUUUGGACUCAUCCUGAAUAUAUCGAAAGAAGUACUCUCUGUCUGACAGGCUUAACUCGGAAAACAGUAUGUGGAACUGACCAUAUUUCUCCCGUUUUUUCAAAUAUUCUCUAAUCCAAAACCUCUUCGUUCUUCGUUUGGUUGGCUUGUUUUUUUUUCAGAAUGGAAAACGUUGCAUUGACUAGUGCAAGAACAGCAUAAGCUCGUGUGCAUCCAUGUUGCUGUAAUGCUGUUACAUUUGUGUUCAAGUUUCAAUUUUUGGCACACUUUCCAUUUCCCGCCAAAUUCAUAAUCGGGAGAAUCUGGGACAGACUUCUUGGCGAUUAUCCGAUAUAUCAGCAAAAUCUGGGAUGGACUACAAAAAGUAAAAUCCCCGAUCGUCUGAGAUUUUCCUGACAUAUGAAAAAAACAGUGAACUGCUGGAUGUUGUUGAUUAGGCUUGUCUUUAAUGAAGAAACCUGUGACGAACGGUCAUGCACUUGUGAUUAUUACAGCUAUGUUAGUGAUCUGUUUCUUGUUUAAGUUUGUAAGCUCAGGCAAGGUGGAUAUAAGAGGAAGAAUUCUGGCCAACAAAGGACUGAAUCGGGAAAACAGGUAACGAACAGGGCCAAAAGCUAG